AUGAAUUAAGGUUCAGAAUAAUAAACGAUUGAUAAGGAUUAAGAGAUCAAUUAAAUAAAAAGGGAGCUACAAGAUUUUAAAGAAAGGGAAAUUAAAUAUAAAGAGCUUUCUCAACAUUUAACCUAAUUAGAAGAAAGGUAAUUGUAAUUAUUUAUUAAUAGGUAUAAUGAUUUAAAGGAUUAAAAGUCUGAGAGUGAGUAAUUGUUGAAAACAUAGAUUGAAUAAUAUCAAGCAAUGGUGAAGAUAUAAUCUAAGGAGAUAGAAAAUUUGAAAUAAUAAGUUUAAGAAUUGGAGGAUGAACUCGAGGAGAAUGAAGAAAUAUAAAAGUAGCCAAAUAAACUAAUUGCAGAUGAAAAUCUUGUGAUUAGUAAACUAAUUAGCGAGAAAACAUUAUUAGAUGAAGAAGUAAAAGGAUUAAAAGAAAAGAUAAAAUAGUAUCAAGUUUAAAUAGAUUUAGAAUAAAUCAGGAGUAUGAUAGUAUAUCUAAAGACUUCUUUACCAUAAGCAAAUAAACUGACACAUUUAAAAAUUAAUUUACUUAGGUAAUGAAAUUUUACAAUAAAAAAAGAUUAAGGAUGAAUUAGCCUCCAAAAAUUAAGAAUUGAAACAUACAAGAAGAUAAUAUUAAGAGGCUUUGAAUUACAUCAACCAACAAUAACCAAAUUCUUCUUUCCUUAAUAAUUCAGCAAUUAAUGAAUUAUAAUAGGCUAAUUAAUAACUAUUAACUCAAAAUCAAUAACUAAAUAGAACAUUAUCGAAAUUGAAAUUAGAUUUAGAUCAUGUAAAGAAGGCUCAUUAAGAGGCUUUAAUUGAAGCUGAUAUGUUAAGUAGAAAUUUAGAAUAAUCAUAAUUAUUUAGUGAAUCGACAAAAAAUCAAAAAAAGGAGGUAAAUAAAUAAAUAAUAUUUAGAUCUCCUAAGAGCUGGAAAGAGUUAUAAGGAUUGAGGAAUAACAAUUUUAAUAACGAAUAAUGUUAUUAAGAUCUCUAAAAGAUGAACUAUAGGAUGCAAAGUCGAGAAGUUUGUUGAAUUUGAAAAGAUAUAAUUAUUGA